AUGGCCCCAAGACCUGACCUCUAUCCUCUCAAAACGUCCAAGGAUAUCAUCUUCCCCUCGGAGCUUCAGGAGGCUUCCUCGACAAACACCUCUUCGAGCGAAAACGGACGUGAGGAAGGCAGUGGACCAUCAGUUCCACCUCCUCUGGCAUAUACGGAAUUCCUCCGGGCUCUUAGCCCAGCUUUUGGAAGUCCAGACGGCCCAGACCCAACCACUACACGUUGGUCAUUUGGCAGACCCCUCAGUUCGCCUGCUUCAAUUCCAUCAAGUGCUUCUAGUGCUUCUUUUCAGCAUGGCGACGAUGCAAGAGCUAGCUCUACACCUGUCCCUGCCUCCCCGCCUGCUCCUCCACGGUCUGCCAGCAGUGUUGGCUUCGCACGACGUUUCCGUGUGCCACCACCAUACAUUGCCUCCGUGCCGGAGACUCCUCAGACACCUUAUAUGGCCCAUACUCCAAUGUCGCCAGCAGAUUGGAGACUUAGGCGAGCUGAGCCAUCAAAUGGCGCCAAUGGAAGGACCAUCACUGUCCAGCAUAUCGUCACUCAUACGAUCACCUUGAAGCACGCCCCUUCGCUCGACCCCGCACCAAGGGGCAAGCGAAGAAGGACUCAUGACUCUGAAGACAACUAG